UUCCAGCCAGCACCAUGACUGAUGAUGAGCUGUCUGCCUUGGUGGUAGAUAAUGGGUCAGGGAUGUGCAAGGCAGGCUUUGGUGGUGACGAUGCCCCCCGGGCUGUGUUCCCCUCCAUGGUAGGGCGUCCCCGGCAUCAGGGGGUCAUGGUUGGCAUGGGCCAGAAGGACUGCUACGUGGGGGAUGAGGCUCAGAGCAAGAGAGGCAUCCUGACCCUUAAGUAUCCCAUUGAACAUGGAGUGGUCACCAACUGGGACGACAUGGAGAAGAUCUGGCACCACACUUUCUACAAUGAGCUCCGUGUGGCACCGGAUGAGCAUCCCAUCCUCCUCACCGAGGCACCUCUCAACCCUAAGAUCAACCGGGAAAAGAUGACUCAGAUCAUGUUUGAGGCCUUCAAUACACCGGCCAUGUAUGUGGCUAUCCAGGCUGUGCUGUCCCUCUAUGCCUCAGGGCGGACCACAGGCAUCGUGAUGGAUUCCGGGGAUGGAGUUACUCAUACUGUGCCCAUUUAUGAAGGUUAUGCCCUGCCUCAUGCCAUUCUACGCCUGGAUCUGGCUGGCAGAGACCUGACUGACUAUCUCAUGAAGAUUCUGACAGAACGAGGCUACAACUUCACCACCACAGCCGAGCGGGAGAUUGUUCGUGAUGUCAAAGAGAAGCUGUGCUAUGUGGCCCUGGACUUUGAGCAAGAGAUGGUCAGUGCUGCUGCAUCCUCCUCGCUUGAAAGGAGCUAUGAGCUUCCUGAUGGGCAAGUGAUCACCAUUGGGAAUGAACGCUUUCGAUGCCCUGAAUCCAUUUUCCAGCCUUCCUUUUUGGGCAUUGAGUCCAGUGGGAUCCAUGAGACAACUUUCAACUCUAUCAUGAAGUGCGAUGUAGAUAUUCGCAAGGAUCUAUAUGCCAACAUCGUGUUGUCUGGAGGCAGUACUAUGUACCCUGGCAUUGCUGACCGGAUGCAGAAGGAAAUCAUAACCCUGGCACCUAGCACCAUGAAAAUCAAGAUCAUAGCUCCCCCAGAGAGGAAGUAUUCUGUUUGGAUUGGGGGCUCCAUUCUGGCCAGCCUGUCUACAUUCCAGCAGAUGUGGAUCAGUAAGCAGGAAUAUGAUGAGGCUGGUCCUCCCAUAGUUCAUAGAAAAUGUUUCUGAAUGGUCUUCAUGCUAAUAGGUUUACAUUUUUUCCUUUUCUAGGUCAUAGUGAUGGUACUGCUUUUAUCCACUUUCCAUUGAGUCAAGAUAAAUACUCUGCUCUUGCUAGUGUAGAACCAGCAAACUGAUCUCCAUUAGAGUAUUGUGGGCUCCUGCCCAGCUAACUACAUCUUGACCUUUAUCA